AUGAACAUCGAUACCGACUAUGGAGACAUCUAUGCCUUCGGCAUUUUCACAGCCUCCGCAGCCACCUGCUUCGGAUUGAGUACAACAUUCCACACACUAAGAAGCCACUCAUACGAUGUCCAUCACUAUUGGGGACGCAUGGACAUCCUCGGAAUCAGCUUACUCGCUUUUGGCGGUGGAAUGUCUAUAACAUACUACGCAUUCUAUUGCCAGCCAUCAAUUCAACGGAUAUACUGGGGACUCAACCUUUUCUCUGCCCUGGCAGCUGCAUACACACUAUUCAAUAGCGGUGGUGGGGGUAGUCGAAUGCGAACGCUUCGUGGCAGCACUUUCACUUUUUUAGGCAUUUCUGCCAUGCUGCCUGUAUUCCACAGUGUGCAUCAACUGGGAUGGGAGCGCGCUUGCACGGAGAUGGGCGCUAGAUGGUACCUUUCCGAGGGCCUCUUCCUGCUUGUCGGAGUCAGUAUAUUCGUUAGUCGAGUUCCUGAGAGACUAAGUCCUGGGUCCUUUGAUAUCUUGGGUCAUUCUCAUCAGCUGUUUCACUCUUUUGCUGUACUCGGAGGUGCCUGUCAUCUUGUUGCUUUGAUUGUUGGCCUCAACUAUCGGAAAGCGAAUCCGAUAUGUUGA